UCGGAAUCGUUCUCGUUCAAGUGGGUUAUUAGUCCGUUGGGGCUAAGGAGCGUUUAGAUGUCACAGUCCAUAAGGGGUGCUGUAGUAGACUGGUUUGGUGUCCGUCGCGAUGGAAACCAGUUUUUGAACGAGAGACACCCUAGCAUCUUAGUAGAUCGUUUCGGUGGCGGCGCCUACUUAGUAGAGAUCGCGACGUUAAAUCGAGAGGAAGUGUUUUUUGGAUAAGGUGUUAGUAGGCCGUGAAUGUGAAUUAUGGACAACGGAAACAUAGCGGAAGGCGAAAGUAAUGGAUCUGCUGCGACGGCUGUGGUGUCCGGGAAGGAAAGCGAUCAGGAAUUCGGUCCACGAGAAGGCUAUCGGAUAAUCAAGAACAUAGCGAUUUUGGGGUUUGCCUUUAUGAUUCACUUUACGGCGUUUCAUGGAACGUCCAAUUUACAGAGUUCGGUUCACAGCGAUGGAUCCCUAGGGGCAUUUACGCUUGCGUCCAUCUAUGGGUCACUGAUAUUGUCAAACAUCUUUCUACCGGUUAUGGUGAUCAGGUGGCUUGGAUGCAAGUGGACUAUCGUCGUGUCGUUCGUGGCCUACAUGCCCUACAUCGCUGCCCAGUUUUUCCCACGAUUCUACACGCUGAUUCCGGCCGGGUUGGCCGUUGGCUUUGGCGGAGGUCCGUUGUGGUGUGCCAAGUGCACCUAUUUGUCGGUGAUUGCGGAGGCGUUCAGUGUCAUUAAGAAGCGGAAGGUGAAAGCCGAUUAUCUGAUUGUGAAGUUCUUCGGUCUGUUUUUCGUGUUCUACCAGUUGGCUCAAGUGCUGGGAAAUUUGAUAUCGUUUUCGGUGCUCUCCUACGGAGACGACGAUGAUGGAUCUCAAAACAUCUCCACCGCCUACUCCGUUGACGUAUCGCAAACAUGUGGCGCCAACUACGUCGCACCGGUGGAUCGUCAGCUUGAUAACAGCACUAGCGUGAACUUUCACCGACCGGACGCUGCCAAACUAAACACGUUGACAGGGAUUUUCCUGGGUUGCAUGGCCCUGGCCAGCAUUUCGGUGGCGGUGGGAGUUGACUCACUCAAACGCUACAACAGCACUCGAACUGGAUCUGGUUCGGGAAUUUCUGGAAUCCGAAUGCUGGUUAUCACUAUGAAGCAACUGGGAAACAAAUAUCAGAUUCUGUUGCUUCCCAUUACUAUGUUUAUCGGCGUCGAGCAGGCGUUCAUAGCUGUCGAUUUUACUGCGUCGUUUGUCGCCUGUGGACUUGGCAUCCGUUACAUCGGUUAUGCAAUGAUUAGCUUCGGAUUGGCAAAUGCUUUUGCGGCAGCUGUAACCCCAUCGAUCACCAAAGCAAUCGGUCGCUUCCCAAUGAUCAUCGCGACGGCAAUCUUCCACCUGGCGUUGAUUGUGUUCAUGUUGCUGUGGAAACCAACCAACGAUUACUACGCCUACUCGAUUAUCGUCGCCUGCUGGGGUCUUGCGGAUGGUGUGUGGCUUAUUCAAAUCAAUGCACUGAGUGGGAUUCUAUUUCCCGGCAACGAGGAGGCUGCUUUCAGCAAUUUCCGCCUGUGGGAGGCAACCGGCUCGGUUAUUAUGUACGCAACCAGUCCAGUACUGUCGACCUUCACCAAACUGGUUGGCAUCAUGUGCGUUAUGCUAAUCGGGACCGUUGGGUAUACGACGAUUGAGGUGAUGGAGUAUCGAAUCAAGAAAAGUGCUGCCGGAAAACGUUUUGAAAUGAUUCAACAGCAAAGCUAACGCAUCGUAUGCCGGGUAUUUAAAUAAGAUGAAUGAGUGCAGUAUUGAUAUAAUAAAGCUAUGUUGAUUGGCUGUAGCAGUCAUCAAUAUAAAAAUAAAGACAAGAUUCGCUAUAAAAA